UUCCGGCUGGCACUUGGGGGGGCGUGGCGGCGCUGGCAAGAUGGCGGCGCCCGAGAAAGCGUUGUUUCCUGAGAAACUAAGCCACAAAAAGUACAGGGCCGCCUUGAAGAAGGAGAAACGAAAGAAACGUCGGCAAGAACUCGCUCGACUCAGAGACUCAGGACUCUCACAGAAGGAGGAGGAAGAAGAGGCGGCGGUGGCGGCAGUGGAUGCUUUUAUUGAAGAGCAGCAACUGGAGGAAGAGAGGCUGUUAGAGAUAGAGAGGCAAAAAUUACAUGAGGAAUGGUUGCUGCGGGAGCAGAAGGCACAGGAAGAAUUCAGAAUAAAGAAAGAAAAGGAAGAGGCAGCUAGAAAACGGCAGGAAGAGCAAGAGAGAAAGUUAAAGGAAGAAUGGGAAGAACAGCAGAGAAAAGAGAGAGAAGAGGAACAGCAGAAGCUACAGGAGAAGAAAGAAAGAGAGGAAGCUGUGCAGAAGAUGCUGGAGCAGGCUGAAAAUGAGCUGGAAAACGGUGCCACAUGGCAAAACCCAGAACCACCCACGGAAUUAAGAAUAAUGGAGAAAGAUCGAGCUAACUGUCCAUUCUACAGUAAAACGGGAGCUUGCAGAUUCGGAGAUAGGUGUUCACGUAAGCACAAUUUCCCGGCAUCAAGUCCCACCCUUCUUAUUAAAAGCAUGUUUACGACAUUUGGAAUGGAGCAGUGCAGAAGGGACGACUACGACCCCGACGCAAGCCUGGAGUACAGCGAGGAGGAAACCUACCAGCAGUUCCUGGACUUCUACGAGGACGUGCUCCCGGAGUUCAAGAACGUGGGCAAAGUGGUCCAGUUCAAGGUCAGCUGCAACCUGGAACCUCAUCUGAGGGGCAAUGUGUAUGUUCAGUAUCAGUCGGAAGAAGAAUGCCAAGCAGCCCUCGCCCUGUUUAAUGGACGGUGGUAUGCAGGACGACAGCUUCAGUGCGAAUUCUGCCCAGUGACCCGAUGGAAAAUGGCCAUUUGCGGUUUAUUUGAAAUACAGCAGUGCCCAAGAGGAAAACACUGCAACUUUCUUCAUGUGUUCAGAAACCCCAACAAUGAAUUUUGGGAAGCGAAUCGAGACAUCUACCUGUCUCCAGAUCGGACUGGCUCCUCCUUCGGGAAGAACUCGGAGAGGCGCGAGAGGCCAGGCCGCCACGAGUACAGCCGGCUGCGCAGGAGGCGGAGCCCCGGGCCGGCCCGCUCCUACAAAAGGAACGGGGAAGCCGAGAGGAAGCGGAGGGGUAGCCACGGGGCCAAGAAAUCUCACAAACACAGGUCCAAAAGCCGGGAGAGGCACAGCUCCCGCAGCAGAGGAAGGAAAAGAGACCGCAGCCGGGGCCGGGGCAGCCGCAGCCGCAGCCGCCGGAGCCGCAGCCACAGCCGGAGCCGCAGCCAGAGCUCGUCGAGGUCCAGGAGUCGUGGCGGGAGGAGGUCAGGAAGCAGGGACAGAACGGCUUAGAGGCCCAAAUCCAAAUAAACAGUAUGUUCUUCGGUGA